AUGUUGUUUGAUACCCGAACUGUUCUGGCCGGAGUUGCCCUGGUCUCCCAGGCUUUCGCUGCGCCUCUGCUGGAAGAAAGAGCAAGCAUUGACACGUCGUUCUGGGAUCCCCUUCAACGCGCAGCCCAGCUUUCCUCCGCUGCGUACAGUGGCUGUACCGGCACGGCUUUUGAUAUCACCAUCACCAAGAAACUCCAUGAUACCUUGACUGAUGCACAAGGAUAUGUUGGAUACUCGUCGGAGAAGAAGACGAUCGCUGUCGUCAUGAAGGGCUCGACUUCUAUGACCGAUAUCAUCAACGACAUCAGCACCAACCUCGUCACGCCGUCCUUCUCUGGCGUCGACUUCCCCUCUGGAGUGAAGAUCAUGAGCGGUAUCGACCGCCCUUGGAAGGCUGUGCACGACGAUGUCAUCUCCGAAGUAAAGUCCCUUAUCGCAAAGUAUCCGGACUACACCUUGGAGGCGACUGGACACUCUCUGGGUGGCUCCUUGACAUAUAUUUCGCACGUGGCGCUGGCCCAGAACUUCCCCGAGAAGCAGAUCACCAGCUAUGCUUUGGCUGCUUUCCCUAUUGGUAAUGAUGCCUGGGCCAGCUUUGCCUCCUCGCAGGCUAAGGGUACCAUGUACCGUGGUAACAACAUUGCCGAUGGUGUUCCUAACAUGUAUGUGGGCCUUCCUCUCAACUUCAAGCACUAUGGAACCGAAAUCUAUAGCUCUGGACUCCGGGCCACCACUCGCAAGUGCGAUGGACAGCGCGACCGUGCUUGCUCUGCUGGAAAUGGCAUGUACGGUGUCACUGCUGGUCACUUCCAGAGCUUUGGUAUUGGAAUGGGCGUUGCUGGAUGCCGCUCUAUCCUGUGA